AUGGUUGAUAGAAAGUACUCUGCCGAGGAACUUGUCUCUGAUGGAGUCAGCAAGAAGGACAUCGUCAAUGAGCUCCAUGCUCAUGGGGCGGAAGCCUUCCUCCUCGAAAUGAAGGUCCUUGGUUCUGUCAAAAACGUGGCUAAAAAGCCAAAAGAAGAUCUAAUCAAGGCUUAUGAAAAGAUGUACGAAGAUGGUGCUUUCAAGGGCUCCGAAGCUGACGUAGAACUAGUGAAGCAAGUUGCGACUGUCAAAGUGACUGAAGAAAAGAAAGACGAUGGACCACCUAAGUUCAAGAAACGCAUCAUCAAGAAAUCGCCCAACAAAGAUGCUCGCCGACCCAACAAGGGCGAAAAGAUCGGCUGUUAUUACAUUGGAAGGUUGGACGGCCCCGAUGGCAAGAUUUUCGAUCAGCUUCAGCCGCAGCGACGAGGAAGUCAGACGCUGAACUUUAAAGUCGGAACUGGACGGGUUAUUCGAGGCUGGGAUGAAGCUCUACUGACAAUGCAAACAGGCGAAGUCGCCGGAGUGACCAUCGAGCCCGAGUGGGCGUACGGAAAGAAAGGCCAGCCUGAAGCUGGAAUCGGCCCCAAUCAAACUCUUUACUUUGAAAUUACUCUCGAUAGAAUCGGUUAA